CAAGAAAUUGAAUUCCUCAAUGACAAAACUAGAUAGAGAAUUCCAGCAUCUGCUGUCGGAAAUCAGUGACAAGUUAAUCACAGAUAAUAUUCAGAAGAUGGUAUAUAUUUUGAGAGCUGAAAAAAUUCCAGCUCAAGAUCUUGAAACAGUUAAAACUGGUGAAAAUGUAUUUCAUUUAAUGACAAAACAUGGCCUUUUGUCUAAAACAAAUACACAAAUGUUAAUAGAUAACUUGAAAGAAAUGAGAUUACAGCCUAUUGUAGAUAUGCUGGAGGAAUUCAAAUCUAAACACGAAGAAGAAUUAAAACAACUAGAAGAAGGGCCAUGUAAUAUAAAAGAAGAUAUGGUUGUGGAACAUUUUAUGGAAACAAGUAAGCUGAAAGAACUUGAGGAAAAACUGAGAUUAACAAAUUUUGUUACAUUGUCAGGUUUACUUGGAUCUGGGAAGUCUCAGCUGGCCUUGAAAUAUGCUUGUCAACAAAGACAGGCUAGUAAAGAUGGAGUCUGUUGGAGAAUAACCUGCCAAGAUAAAGUCUCUUUUUUAAAUUCAUUGAAAAAAUUGGCAGAUGGUUUGAAUUUAAAACAAAAAAGUAAACAAAUUGAAGGUGUUUCCAAUGAGGAAUCUUUGAAUAACAUACAUGAUUUGAUUUUACACGAACUGAGAUCAGAAGACCCAACUACGCAUCAUUUGAUUAUCUUUGAUGAUGUCACGGAUAAAACAAAACUAUCUGUCGAAAAGCUGAAAAAUUCUUUUUUAAAAAUGAAUAUGACAAUCCUUGCUACCACAUGGAACUCAGCUUUUUGUGAUGAAGCAAAUCUUAUUAAUGUAAAUGGUUUCACUAAAGACGAAGCUGUCCAAUUUUUGAAAAAGAAAGAUGAAUUAAGUCAGGAAGAAUACCAGAGCUACAGAGAGCUGGCUGAGUAUUUAAGUUGUCUUCCACUGGCAAUGUAUGGUGUGAAGACUCGGUUAGUUUCACAUAAAUUAACACCAAGAGGAUUUUUAAAGAACUUUACAGGCAGGCGAUCGUUAGAAAUUAUCGAUGGGUAUUUAUCUUCCUCCUUGGACAGAAAACUCUUUGGAGUUUUAACUGAGUUUUUAAAUGUUCUAAAGAGAGAUGAAGUUGCAGAAGUGUUCGACAUGGUGCUUAUUCUCCAGUUCUUGUCACUGGAAGAUAUUCCAAUUUUACUUUUCCAGUUUUUGCCUGCAAAUGAAGGAGAAGGAGAUCAAGGAAAUCAAGAAAGCUUCAUAGAAGCAAUGCAGAAAUUUUCUUUAGGUUUAUUGAGGGGUGAAGAUGAUGACAGAUUUAUUAGCACUCAUUUAGCAGUUACAACAACAAUUGAUGAGUAUACUUCAAUUGAAGAUAAAGUCCGUCUUUUGAAGAAAGUUCUGACAUCCUUGAUGUGGCUUCUAGAUAAAGAUAACAUUAAUGAUAAAGAUUACAAACGAAACAAUGACCUCCUCCCUCAUGCCAUUUCUGUUAUUCGCCGCUAUGAAAUGCUCAGGGAAGAUAAUCAGCACCUACUUGAAGACUUUGAAUUAAAUGUGCUUGUGACAUAUGUGUAUGAUUUGGUUGGGUAUACAUACAACUUUUUUGGUAUGUUGCUUAAUGCUGGUGAAUAUUCAACUGCAGCUAAAAAUACAUGCUUUGUAUUAAUUGGAAUGACAGAAGCUGCAAUUGAAGAAAUAGCCGAGAAAGUAUCACCAAGAGAUGAAAAUUAUAAAUCAUGGGAAAAUUUUGCUAGAUGUAAAGCUAACAUUUUAUUUGAGAAAUUGCAGGCUGUGAUUUCAAACCCAAAUAAUCAGCAGCUUUUACAGAAAAUGGCGUUAGCUUUCAUAAUCAAUAAGUACAGAGGAAAAGAACACAUUGAAUUACUAGAAGAAUAUCUCAAACAUAAACUUAAAAAAGAGUAUACACUUUCUAAAGCAGAGUAUAAUAAGUUAUGUAAAAACAAACUUGCAAUUGCGCCAGAAAAUCAUCUUGGGGAGCAGUUUAUAUAUGAACUAAUUCUUCAAGUAUUUUACACAUUUGGGAGGAGAAUAUUUUACCUAGGGGAUUCUGCAGACAAGAAGAUAGCAAGAAUUUUUGCUCAUUCAUUGUUUCUUGCCCGAGAAUUUGGAGUUAUUAUUGAAGAAAAAUGUAAACAAUGGAAUCAUCCCAAAAAGUUAUAUAUCAUGUCAACUGAACUCAGUGGCACAUUGGAGCAGCGAUUUGAUGAUCGAGCAAAUCUUAAACUAAAAACUUUAAACAAUCUUGAACAUGCUGCGUCUCGAAUCGUAGAAUUGCAGGAAACUGAAUCAUCAUACUUUAUUUUUGGCGUAAUCAAAACUGGGCCUGAUAGUCUCCAUCAUCAAAAAAUUUGCUUAAAAAGAUUGGUCCGAUGUUAUACUGUUUUGGCUGACUUGACAACAGAUGAAGAAAAGAGGAGAGAAAUAAACGAAAAAGCACAUCAAUGUAAUACCAAACUUGCAGAACUAUCUUCUAAAUGGCCCUUCAGACAAACUGGUGCUGAUUUAAGAAUGGGUGAAUGUUUUCUAAUGCUUGAAAAAUAUGAAGAAGCAGAGCUUCAAUUCAGGAAGGUUGCCCCAGUACAAAUCUUCCAAAAUAACGAUGUUGGCCAUUCUGUAUUAAAUUUUCACGAACUUCGAGCAAUAAAGGGACUAAUAAAGUGCUAUGACCAGUCUAAAAGAAAAGAUGAAGCAAAAGCUUUGACAGAAUGGUUGAAGGCAAGACUGCAUGCAUCGAAUGAAGUAGAGGAACUUGCUUACAUGAACUUAGUUUAAACCAUUGAACCACUAUAGUUUCUUUCAGCAUGAUUACCUGUACAGUUCCUGUCUUAUAAAACCUAUUUAAUUUAUUAUAAAGAAUUUUUCUUUAAAGGUGAAAAAGGAUCCAGAUAUUUAAAUUCUGUUUGACAUUAAUAUUUACUUAUGGAACUUAUAAUAGUAUAGUCUUCUAAUGAUUGGAGAAAUGGUAUAAAGUAACUAUUCAUUUUGCCUAUUGGUUAUUUGGUCAGUCCUUCUAUUUCAAACUUAAGCUUUGUAUCUGCAGCUGCUCCUUAACCACCAACUGGAUUUCAGUCACCAAUUAAGCCCAUGUUUUUAGUAUCUAAAUGAUAUUGCAAACAUGCAGUUAUUAAAUCAUAUAUUUUUUUAUUCAAAUGAUUUUUUCCCAUCACUUGGCGUCCGGCGUCUGGCGUCGUCUGUCGUCCGGCGUUAACUUUUACAAAAAUCUUCUCCUCUGAAACUACUGGGCCAAAUUUAACCAAACUUGGCCACAAUCAUCAUUGGGGUAUCUAGUUUAAAAAAUGUGUCCAGUGACCCGGUCAACCAACAAAGAUGGCCGCCACAGCUAAAAAUAGAACAUGGGGGUAAAAUGCAGUUUU